AUUGUGGUCAACGUACUGUCUGUAAUAACUCCAAACCUCAAACAGAGGGCAGAUUUGCAAUUGCAAACACCACACAGGGCGUAGCAAUCUCUUCUUGGAGGCAUCAAUUUGGAAAAUGAACAAAUAUACUUUUUUAUAUAUCCUGUGCAUUUUGUGUACGGUUCGUUUAACUACACCAUUCAAAGCAGAGCGGAGUUCCCAAGACAUCUUAAUCACUAGAAAAUUGCAAUCCAAAAGGCAGAUUUGUCAAGAUGGCACUUACCAGCAUGAGGGAAUGGAAUGCUGUCUCUGUGCGGCUGGCCAACAUCUGGAGAGCCACUGCAGUGUGAGCCCAGAGGAUGGGACCUGUGUUUACUGUGAGAAAGAUAGGACCUACAACAGUGACCCCAACUCCCUGGACUCCUGUGAGCCCUGCACUUCCUGUGACCCUAAAGCCAAUCUGGAGGUGGAGGACAGAUGCACCAUCUUCAAGGACUCAGUAUGUCGAUGCCAGCAGGGCCACUACUGUAACAAGGGGAAGGAGCACUGCAGGGCCUGCUACCCAUGUACCAUAUGCAGGGAAGAGGGCAUCAAGGUAGCCUGUAGCGCCACCAACAACACCAUAUGCCAUGCCUUCAAAGAAAAAGGAAGCCAUUUGGCAGCAGUAUUGGUCCCUGCUACUGUUCUUCUUGUCGCUUUGAUUGUGAUCAUUUGCCUGUGGCGAAAUAAUAAAUAUUGUUUUGGGCCAAAUGGGGGUUUGACAGAACUGCCCAACCGGAGUUCAGAGGAAAUGCAGCUACUGAGAGGUGUUAAUCUCUGGCCACACCUCCCAGACAUCGCUAAGACCUUGGGGUGGAAGGACAUGAAACAGGUGGCCGAGAGCAGUGGGAUGACGCAUACCACCAUAGAAUCCCACCAGCUGAACUUUCCCAAUGACUCCCAGGAGCAAUGCUCCAGCCUACUGAGGGCCUGGGUGGAGAAGGAGGGGAUGACCACAGCCUCUGAGACACUGGUCCAGACUCUACUCCGCAUGAAGAAAAAGGUCAAGGCACAGGAUAUUGUGGAUAUCAUCAGCAACAAGGAGGAUGGCGUCACAGGAAAAAACUCAGGAUCCGGACAGGUGUAGAUACUGUAUGUACAGCAUGGUCAAACCACCGCCUUUAACCAUGGAAAUAUGGCCAAAUAUAAACAGUGUAUUUAUUCCCUCCAGAAGGCAAUCAAACAUGUGAAAUGUCGUUAUAGGGACAAAGUGGAGUCGCAGUUCAACGGCUCAGACACAAGACAUAUGUGGCAGGGUCUACAGGCAAUUACGGACUACAAAAAGAAAACCAGCCACAUCAUGGACACCGACAUCUUUCUUCCAGACAAACUAAACACCUUCUUUGCCCGCUUUGAAGAUAAUACAGUGCCACCGAUGAGGCCCGCUACCAGGGACUGCGGGCCCCCCCUCUCCUUUUCCGUGGCCGACAUGAGAAAGACAUUUAAACGUGUUAACCCUUGCAAGGCUGUUGGCCCAGACGGCAUCAGGAUGGUCACCAUUGUUCCUGGACUUUCAGGGUGUGUGCUUAGCCCCCUCCUGUACUCCCUGUUCACCCAUGACUGCUUGGCCAUGCACACCUCUAACUCAUAUCAUCAAGUUUGCAGACGACGCAACAGUAGUGGGCUGGAUUACCAACAACGACGAGACAGCCUACAGGGAGGAGGUGAGGGCUCUUGGAGUAUGGAGUCAGGAACAACCUCUCACUCAACGUCAACAAAACAAAGGAGAUGAUCGUGGACUUCAGGAAACAGCAGAGGGAGCACCCCCCUAUCCACAUCGACGGGACAGCAGUGGAGAAAGUGGAAAGUUUUAAGUUCCUCGGCGUACAUAUCACGGACAAACUGAAAUGGUCCACCCACACAGAAAGUGUGGUGAAGAAGGCAACAACGACUCUUCAACCUCAGUAGGCUUGUCACCUAAAACCCUCACAAACUUUUACAGAUGCACAAUUUAGAGGUGGGACAGCUAAACAGCCAUCAUUAACACAGAGAGGCUGCUGCCUACAUACAGACUCAAAUCAUUGGCCACUUUAAUAAAGGGAUCACUAGUCACUUUAAUAAUGUUUACAUAUCUUACAUUAUUUAACUAGACAAGUCAGUUAAGGACACAUUCUUAUUUACAAUGAUGGCCUACACCGGCCAAACCCAGAAUACGUUGGACGUAUUGUGUACCAGCCUAUGGGACUACCAAUCAUGGCCAGUUGUGAAAUAGCCUGGAUUUGAGUGUCUGUAGUGAUGCCUCCAGCACUGAGAUGCAGUGCCUUAGAAGCACAAGCAUUUCGCUCCACUUGCAUUAACAUCUGCUAACCAUGUUUAUGUGACCAAUACAAUUUUAGUAGUACUGUUCAUGCCAGUCAAGAUGCCAGUAUAGCUGGGUUUAACAGUCUCUUGAGGUUCAGUUUCAUCAGUAACAGGUAAGACCUCUGUUGUUGCAGGGACGAACUCAUCCGAGUCCUGAUGAGAUAAAGCCAUCAGCAGAUUCAUCCUGUGCUGUGACUCCUUGAGCUGUUGAAUUCAGUAAUUGGUCCACAUUUGUGCGCCAGAUCAUGUUGGGUCCUACAUUCACAGUGUAGGUCAAGGGUCCUGUCUUUGACACAAUCUCGCCAGCUUGCCAUUUCUGGUUUGGGCUCUUGUAGUUUCUGGCAAUAACUUCCUGUCAAAUGUCAAAGGUUCUGAGUUGUUUUUGUUUUGGGGAACACUGUUUCUGUUGAAUGUGUCAGCAGGUUUGCAGGUAGCAAACGGAAAUAAAAAUACAUUGUACAUUAGAAUAGUUAAAUCCUUCUCUCUUUCCCAAGUCAAACGUAUCCCUCUCUACCUCCCCAGUUUCUCUCCCCUUUACACCAGCCAAGCCAAGCUUCUCUCAACCUCCCAUCCUUGUCCACCCAAGCCAAGCUUGGCCUUAUUUCUCAUUCUUGGCCAUCCUUGCCCACCCUUACCCACCCAAGCCAAGCUAGGGGGAGGCAGGGUAGCCUAGUGGUUAGAGCGUUGGGCUAGCAACCGAAAGGUUGCAAGUUCGAAUCCCUGAGCUUACAAGGUACAAAUCUGUCGUUCUGCCCCUGAACACGGCACUGUUCCUAGGCCGUCAUUGAAAAUAAGAAUUUGUUCUUAACUGACUUGCCUAAUAAAAUACUAAUUAAUUAA